AUGUCUGACCCAGAAUUAGAAAAAAUUAGACAACAGCGUUUGGCACAAUUACAAGCUCAACAUGGGGGUGGUGAUCCAAACCAAGCCAAAGCUCAGGAAGAAAGGAUGCGGGCAAUGGAGGAGACUAAACAUUCAAUUCUCGCACAAGCACUCACCCAGGAUGCAAGAGCUAGAUUAAACACUAUUAAACUGAGCAAACCAGAAAAAGGUGCUAUGGUGGAAAACAUGAUCUGUAGAAUGGCUCAAAUGGGUCAAGUCAACACAAGAAUAUCGGAGAAGGAACUUAUACAAUUACUUGAAUCGGUUAAUCAGCAGAUGCCAAAAUCAGCUAGCACAGUUAAAUUUGACAGAAGAAGAGCAGCCUUGGACUCAGAUGAUGAAGAUUUCUAUCUUACGGUAUUGGCAUCGGCAGGUCGAUCGCCCCAUGCCGAUUACCUUCAAGAACUAGUAAAUGAACAUGCUUUCGGACCUUACAUCUCGGACAAUGUUAUUGAAGAUGCCUUUCUUGAUCUACCGGAUUUAGUGCGGAAAUACAACUACCCAUUUGAGGAAUACAAUGUGACUACCGAGGAUGGAUACAUUCUGGGUUUGCAUCGUAUCCCCCAUGGCCGUGAUAGGAAUAACAAACCUGGAAAGAAAUCAGUCGUGUUCCUUAUGCAUGGGUUGUUUUCAUCUGCAGCUGAAAACGUGCUUAUGGGACCCGGCAGUGGUUUAGCUUACGUGCUAGCUGAGGAAGGAUUUGAUGUGUGGAUGGGCAAUGCCCGUGGUACCCACUUUUCAAGGAGACAUGUUAAAUUGAACCCUGAUUCUCGUUUGAACACUGAUUUCUGGCAGUUCUCUUGGGACGAAAUAGGAUCUAAAGAUUUGCCUGCCAUGAUCGACUUUGCACUUGCCCAUACCGGACAGGAAAAAUUGCAUUACAUUGGUUUUUCUCAAGGCACUACCUCUUUUUGGGUGUUGGGUUCAAUAAGGCCAGAAUACAACAAGAAGAUUAUUUCAAUGCAUGCUUUGGCCCCUGUUGCUUACAUGGCACACAGCACGAACAAAUUAUUCAAUGCGUUAGCACCUUUUUCAUCUCAACUGGCGGGAGCUGCAAAUUUAUUACGGUUCAACGAGCUUUUCCGCAGAAGCGAAUUGAUAUCUGAAAUAGGAAAAUUCUUUUGCAGUGACGGCCAACCAUUACAGUUUCUAUGCAGCAACAUGUUGUUCUGGAUUGCAGGAAAGAAUCCCGAUCAGCUCAAUACGACCAUGUUGCCGGUGAUUACGGGACAUUUGCCAGCGGGUGCAUCUAUAAGACAGUUGGCGCAUUAUGGUCAAUCUAUUCAUGGAAAAGAAUUUAGACGCUAUGACCACGGUGCUAUUAAAAAUCUGUUGAAAUACAGAUCUAUCAGACCACCCAGCUACGACCUAUCGAAAAUAGACGCUCCAGUUUUCUUACAUUACGCACAAGCUGAUCCUCUAGCUCAUGUAACUGAUGUUGAUAGAUUGUUUAGAGAGCUGCCACGAGUCGUCGGCAGAUUCAGAAUGUCACAACCGACGUUCAGCCACAUCGAUUUCGUUUGGGGAAAAGAUGCUAAAACAAUGGUAUUCGAUCGACUUAUUGUCCUCAUGAAGGCAAUGGAAUUAUAA